CUUGUAGCAAAUUUACCCAAAUACGAAGAUUGUAAAAUUAGAACUCAUAGUGAUAUAUAAUGUUGUUCUAAUUUUUAUUCUGUAAUCGAAGAUAAACUAGAACAUUAUGUCUGCAGCUUCUAGAAGAAGCAAAUACAGCGAGAAGUCUCGAGAGUCUCUGCCGCCAAUUUCUCCUCGUUUGUGCAGUUGUGAUGUUCACGACGGACGUUUUGUUGACCGACAUGUACAAGAUAUCGAGAAAUUCAUCCAUGAAGAAACAAAAUCAUUACAAGACCCUGAAUCCCGAAAGGAAAGGUUUGGCGUAUAUAGGAAAGCAUUUGAUAUUUUGAUAGAGGAAUGCGUAAGUUUCAAGCCUCUUCUGGCAAACAUCAAUGCAGAGUACGUUGGGGUCAUAAAGGCAGUUGAGAAAGGAGAACAACAGAGGGCUUAUAUUUCGAGGGAUUUGAAAUGCGUCGUUGGAGAAAAAAUCACAAUGGAAAACUAUGAGAAGAGAAUUCAAGACCUGGAAUACAAAGCAAAAGUUAUUAAGGCUAACAAUGAGCAACUGAGGACAAAACAAAACCGUUCAGAGGCAGAAAAGGUGGAAGCAUGUUUAGAAGCAUGUUCUGCUAUGAAUGCUGACUCGUUGAAACAAUCCCGACUUGUAUUACCGGGUUUAAAAAUGGAGGAGCAAUUUGACGUUGAUGUCCUAAAAUCUGCACUGGAAAAACUUCAGGCCAAUGUUAAAUCCAUGCAGCAAAAUAUGACGACAAAUUUUUCCCCUAAGGGGCGAAAAGUGUUGUUGGAGAAAGACCUCCAGGAAAGAGAGAAGUCGCAUAAUCAUGUUAGCCGGUAUAAUAAAGCAUUGAGGGAAAACCUUGGAAAGUUAACUGUUGCUGUUGAGACUGCAAAAUCCACCAUGCAACGAUCAAACAAAGUUCUAAAAAAGGAGCUGGCUGAUGUUAUAUUAAAAGCAGUAAAUGAUUAUGAAAAAAUGGAUUCAUCCCGGAAGUACGACCCAUUACAACAACUUAUUUCUGCAGAUGAUGAUGAUCCAUUGAAGAAAAAGGAAUCUGAGAGACUUGUUUCUUACAUUGAACAUUUCAACAAUCUCUUUGAUUUUGCACAGUAUGAAACAGCAGCCAUUCAUGCAGCAACCUCGCCUAUGGCAAUAUUACGUACACCGCAAGCAAUGCAGAAAUUCAAAGAGGUAGAAAUUUUCGAUGGAGCAAAGUCACCAUUAUUCCUUUAUUGUGAAGCGCUAAUGACUACGAGUGUUGUUGAAUCUGAAACAAUUAAAUUGUCACCUGUUAUGUCAUUAGAAUGUAUUGAUUGUGCUUUGCGAGAGAGUGGGUUAAACCUAGCUAUUCAUUGGCUCAAUCAUCCUUGUAUAGAAACAUCAAUACCUUUAGCUGACCUGCUAGUAAAUUGGUGUCAUUGCAGUGGUGAUUGUUCUUGCAAAUGCCAAGCAAUUGCUGAGGGAAUUUAUCGAAAGUUUGCAGCUCAUCGUGAGGUUGCCAACACCUUAGCAAAGCAAGGAAAACACCAUGCAGUUAUUGAAUAUGGACGAUCCAACGGAGGUUUCAGUUUCUCUGACUACAAAGCAAUCCUUGAAUCAAACCCCACAGUUUUCUAUGCAAUAAUGUUGCUUGAAGCAAACCUGAACGCGAAAAAGAUUGAAAGCGGAAUAUCUUUUUGUUGCAUCGUUCAAAUCUUACUCCAAAACAAUACAAGCAUUCUUAUUUCAUUUCUCGAACACGUCUAUUCCACUGGCGUUUACCACGCAAAGGGGCUUAAGCAUUCUAUGAGUGAUCUUAUAUAUAACGAGAGAUACUCGGAUGAGAUGAAUCCUGAAAAAUGGGAGAGAGUUAUAGAUCUUUGUUGCAAGAAGAAUCAUCCUAAGAUUGCGAUGGAAAUUUUGGGUACACUCCUUGUGAGACAGGCUUUAAAUCAUGCGUCUAUCUCGUCCUCACUUGACUAUAUAUCAUAGCUAUAGACCUAGCUCGUAUAUACAGAGUUCAUUAAUUCGGUUUCUCACAUGAAAAAACGGAACCUGUUCACACGAGCCCGGUUACCCAAAAUUUAACGAAACGUGGGAUGAGGUAUUAAAAUUAGUCUUUUUGAAACAAGCACAUGCUCGGUAUUGUUAGGGUGACUACACGACUAUCAGAAUCAGGUUAUUUACUUAUUGCAAUACCUUAAAGUAAUUUAUUACGUUUCCUUAAAUCUUGGUUCGGGGUCAUGUAAACAGCCCCUCAGACACACGAGCGUUGUUUUCGAGCCUUUUCAAAAUCGUUUUUAUCUAUAUUUUUGCUUUGACGCGUUGUCCACACGAAGGGCCGGAAAAUAUGCUCAAUAUGUUAGAUUAGCUUCAACUUCUAUUGUAAAUUGACGAUGUUUGAAACCGUUUUGGCGGGAAAACGAAAAUGAAAACGCUCGAAAACGUUACCGUGUAUAGUCUCAGACGUCGAACUUUUGAUGUGCCGAGUCAAAUAAUUGAUAUGAACGUUAUUACUUUAAAAGAAUUACCUCAUUAGCAAAUCGCGUGAAUAAAUCCCAAUGAUGGAACGGUAUCUAUAGCCAGGAAACUGAGAAUGAUUCACAAAAUUAAACGUAAAGAACCCUACGGUACCAAAAUGUAUGUAAUAGCCCAAAAAAGUGUUAAUAAGUAAUUAAACUGGUUUAGAGUUUAGAAGCUU